CCCCACGCACCGGUUUCCUGUCUCCACAGAGCGCGAUUUGGAAAGAUCUGCAAAUGCCAUACUGUAUAGUGCAGGGUUGUCCAUCUGGUAGUGUACACCAGGAAGAGGGCGUUAUCUUACAUGUCUUCCCACCAAAAAAGGAGACUAUCUAUUUAUGGCUCUCGAAAAUUAACCAGGAUUUUGGAAAUGUUGACGAGUUUGUGGAAAAAGUCCUUCAAGGUAAAAAAUCUGACAAGUAUCGAAUUUGCUCAAAGCACUUCAGUCCUGAAAGUUACUAUCCCUUUGACGUGUACAAAAAACGCUUGAGACCUGAUGCGGUUCCAAACAUUUUUGAGCAGCUUUCACCUGCUCCACCAGCAAAUCAGAAGAGAAGGGUAAAGCGACGUAGAACAGAGGACAGUGAUUCUUUGGAAGAGCCUGGAUCUUUUGUGGUCUGUAGGCAUUGUAAACAGAACAUUCAACCAAAACCCAUGAAUAGGCUCUCUAAAGUCAGUUAUAUUGGAAAAAAAGAUAGUAUGACGCAAACAGAUCCAAAAAUGGUGGCGCAAGAGCCUUCAAAAUGUGAUAUUCGGUUAGCUCACAUAUACGAAGAUGGGGACUUUCGAGGAACACCACAAGCACCAUUGCCUUUCCCAUCACGCAACGUGGCCGUGGAGCCAUCAGGUCCUGUAGUGAAACAGGAAGCCUCUUCAGAGGUGGCUAUGAGAGAUUCUACAGUGGGCUUUUCACCUUUUACAGUACAAGCACAUGAAACUACUCCAAAUGCUUUGCAGGAAACACUAACCACUAAUUUAGGUUCACAUGGAUGUACCAAACGUGUAAUAAAUUCAGCCACCGACUACAGAGAAUUUUCAACUGAGAUCAAAGAAGAGGUUUGUGGUACACAGAAUCACAAUUUGAGUGAGAUGUUUCUGUCUUCCAAAAGUGGAGAUGUGACUUAUGAUGAUUAUGUCCAAGAGCGAAAGUUUAUAGUUUUUGAGAGUUGCCUUGAUGCACUCUUUAAGAAAAUGAAUUGCCAAAAAGUGAGUUCUUGUUACCAGCCAAUAGUGCACGUUGAAAAAGAAAGGAUCGGCUCGGCCAUUUCUGUAUAUGGAACGUGUGCGAGAAACCACCGACAACACCUAUGGCAAAGCCAGCCUAAAAUUGGGAACGUGCCCGUGGGUAAUCUUUUAUUGUCAUCGGCUAUCCUUUGCAGUGGAUCCUCUUAUCUAAAAACGAAACGUUUUCUAAAUUUGCUCGGGGUUUUACAUCUAGAUAAAAGUACAUAUUACACAAAUCAACAGAUGUAUUUGUAUCCAGCACUAAACCAAAUAUGGGAAGACGAACAGCAAAGGCUCUUUGCACAGGUCGGUAACAUGCCCGUCUGCGUGGCUGGCGAUGGACUAUGCGAUAGCAGAGGUCGCAAGGCCAAAUACUGUGUGUAUUCCUUGAUGGACGUUCACUCCAAAAAAAUCUUAACGUACAAUGUUGAACAAUUGCAACCUGGCUAUACUUCUGUGGGUCUGAGAAAAAUUGCUUGCAAUAGGGCUUUACAGUUUCUUAUUGACAGCUAUGUGAACGUUCAAAUGUUAUGCACAGGUAGGCAUGCUGGCAUCAGAAAAAUUAUGAAAGAAAAAUUUGGAGGCAUCAUCCAUAAGUUUGAUAUCUGGCACUUGGCCAAAGCUAUAGGAAAAAAGCUACUCUUAGCGAGCCGCAAAAAAAACUGUUCUGAAUUGGCCAACUGGGUUAUUCCCAUCAAAACUCAUCUUUGGUGGUGUGCUACUACGUGUGAAGAGAACACUGACCUGCUUGUGGAGAAGUGGAAUUCUCUCAUCCAUCAUGUUAUAAAUGACCAUUCUUGGAAUUUUGCUGGUCAAUACAAAUCCUGUGCCCACCAUGAACUCUCCGACACUGUGAAGCGAAGAAGAAAAUGGAUCCGCGCUGACAGCAUUGCACAUAAAAAUCUGAAGCAAAUUGUGCUCAACAGAAAACUUCAAAAGGACUUGCGCCACCUCUCCUAUUUUUGUCACCCUGGUGAAUUUGAGGUUUUUCACAACGCCGUGCAAAAAUAUCGCCCGAGACGCAUCCCCUUUGGUGUUGACGAAAUGAUUGCCCGUAUCCAGCUUUCAAUUUUAGACUACAAUAAUAAUGUUCAUCGUGUGCAAGAGCUAGCGAAACGUCAGACGAGGUUUUCUCACCCAUUCGGAACAUCAAGAUUCAAGACUGCUUACAGGAUGGCCAGGAAAGAACCAGGCAAUCAAGAGGUCAUCUUCUCAGUCAUUCGGCAAGUCCUUAACUUUGCAAGCGGAACACUUUAAAUAACAACUUUAACACGAACAUUUUUUUUCUUGGGUUGUAAAUCGAUCUUUUGAGCUUAGAAGAUGUUUGCUAAAUAAUUAGAAUUUAGAUGAUAUUACUUUACCUCUGACAAAUGAUUGUUUUUUUAUAAAUAUUGUCACAUUUUAAUUAAAAACAAAUACUUAUUUUCUACAAAUUUUCCUUUUA